GUGCGCAUAGUGCUGUGGGCUGGUGUGAAUAAAACGCCAGGGCCGAAAUCUUGUCCCAGUCCGCCCCUGCUCUGCCCUACUUUUACCAUGGUGAUGAUGCUGCAGCGGAGUGAGGAGGAGCAGGAGUAUCCCACAAUGCCCUUGUCGGGGCCGGAGAUGGAUGCUGCCUGCUGCCUGCUGCAGCUCGUGAGCUUCUGUUGAGCUGACGCUUGUUGUUCCUGCCGCAGCUCGUGCUGCCAUUUCCAGACGGUCAUCUCCCGACAUCUCCGACUAGCCGUUCGCGAUCACCGUCUCGUGCUUGACGGUGCGGCGAACACAGAUCCCCGCCGCUUUGGGUUCCUUCAACAAACGCGACCAUAAAAAGGACGGACACUGUCAUCCAGCGAUACCCACCGUAGACCGUCUCUGUCUCCCGGAGUAGCCGGGGAGAGGGGGUCCAGCGCCAGCCGCAGCAUGAGCAUGGACCCCCUGGCCAAGCCCUGCCCGUCCCAGGCGGAGCACACCCCCGGGACCUUCAGCGGCCGGCUGACGGCGCUGGAAGCUGCCGGGGAGGACAGCGAGUCCGGCUGCGGCGAAGAGGAGGCCAUGGGGGGCAGCGAUACGUUCACUAGCCUCGUCGAGAUGGAGGUGGAGACGCUGGAGGAUAAAUUAAAGGGUCUGGCUUUUAGGAAACAGACUUCGUAUAGGAAAGCCAUCUCGCGGUCGGGUCUCCAGCACUUGGCCCCGGUCCACAAACCCAUGCCCCCCAUCACUAACGGACCGUCCAAGGAGAUACGCACGUCCGUUGACUGGACAGAGACUGCUGGGAAUGGAGACCACCUGUGGCUGGAGACCAGUUGUUCUGGAGAGCUGUGCUACCUUGGAGAAGACACCUGUGUACUGAAGACUGCAAAGUCUGCCCCCAGGAGGAAGUGCGGAGCAUGUAAGAUCGUGGUGCACACCGCCUGCAUCGAGCAGCUCGACAAGAUUAACUUCCGCUGUAAACCAACGUUUAGAGAAGGAGGCUCUCGCUGCCUCAGAGAUAAUAUGUUGAGGCAUCACUGGGUGCACCGGCGCCGCCAAGAGGGGAAAUGCAGACAGUGUGGAAAGAGCUUCCAGCAGAAGUUCUUCCACAGUAAAGAGAUUGUGGCCAUCAGCUGCUCCUGGUGCAAACAAGCUUUCCAUAACAAGGUGACGUGUUUCCAGCUACAUCAGAUUGAGGAGCCCUGUUCUCUGGGGGCUCACGCCGGGGUCAUCGUCCCCCCCUCCUGGAUCAUCAAAGUCAGGAAGCCACAGAGCUCAUUCAAAAACUCUACAAGAAGGAAAAAACGCACAUCGUUCAAAAGAAGGACCAGUAAGAGAGGAACUGACGAGUCAAAGUGGCGCCCGUUUAUGCUGAAGCCCCUUCCCUCCCCUCUGAUGAAACCUGUUCUAGUCUUUGUCAACCCCAAGAGUGGAGGCAACCAGGGUACUAAGGUGUUACAGAUGUUUAUGUGGAUCCUGAACCCUCGCCAGGUGUUUGAUCUCUCCCAGGGAGGGCUCAGAGAGGCGUUGGAGUUGUACAGGAAAGUGCCAAACCUGCGUAUCCUGGCCUGUGGAGGGGACGGGACGGUGGGGUGGAUCCUGUCUGCUCUGGAUGAGUUAGGAAUGACCCCCCAUCCGCCUGUAGCUGUACUUCCUCUGGGGACAGGAAAUGACCUCGCCAGGACUCUCAACUGGGGAGGGGGUUAUACAGACGAGCCGGUGUCCAAGGUACUGUGUCAGGUGGAGGAUGGCUCUGUGGUGCAGCUAGACAGAUGGAACCUUCAGGUGGAGAGAAGCCCCGCCCAGCCGGAGGAGGGCACACAGAAGCUCCCACUGAACGUGUUCAACAACUACUUCAGCCUGGGCUUCGACGCCAACGUCACACUGGAGUUCCACGAAUCCAGAGAAGCCAACCCUGAGAAGUUCAACAGUCGCUUUCGCAACAAGAUGUUCUAUGCAGGGGCUGCGUUCUCCGACUUCCUCCAGAGGAGCUCCAGGGAUUUGUCUAAACACGUUAGAGUGGUGUGUGACGGGACGGAUCUCACUGCUAAGAUCCAGGAGCAGAAGUUCCAGUGCAUCGUCUUCUUAAACAUCCCCAGGUACUGUGCGGGCACCAUGCCGUGGGGGAACACAGGAGACCACCGGGACUUUGAGCCUCAGCGCCAUGACGACGGCUGUAUUGAAGUCAUCGGCUUCACCAUGUCCUCCCUUGCGGCACUGCAGGUAGGAGGUCAUGGUGAGAGGCUGCACCAGUGUAGAGAGGUGACUCUGACCACCUUUAAGACCAUCGCUGUACAGGUGGACGGAGAGCCGUGUCGCUUGGCCCCCUCAACCCUCCGGAUCUCCCUACGCAACCAGGCCAACAUGGUACAGAAGAGCAAGAGACGCACCUCAGUACCCCUGCUCAAUGAUAUUCAGAAAGUGUGUGCAGCAGACCUGCGCCGCCUUUCUGCUCCCCCUGACUCCUUCUCUGUCCCCCAUGCUGUCCCCGAGCGCCUCCGCCUCAGAGUCAACCGGAUCAGUCUGCAGGACCACGACAGGCUACAGUUCGACAAGGAACGACUCCGAGACAUCUCGAUCGCCGUGGGGAUUGUGGUGGUGAGAGGGGACUGUGACCUGGAGACCUGCAGACUCUACAUAGACAGGCUACAGGAGGAUCUUCAUCAGGCUCCAUCUGCUGGCCACCGAGUGCAUUACCAGGAUGAGUGUCGAGUUCUACCGCGACCUGGCUCCGCCCACAGGCUGUCCCCCAACUGGAGCUUCCUGGACUCUACGUCCACAGACCGUUUCUACCGCAUAGACAAGGCCCAGGAGCACCUGCACUAUGUGACGGAAAUCUGCCAGGAAGAGGUGUUUAUCCUGGACCACGAUGGACUAGCGGAGGCACCGGCCACAGGCAUGCCUGACCUGGUGGUGGAGCCCAACUCUGGGAGCCCUCUGACGUCUGAGGAACAAGGUGGGAUAUUUUACGUAUUUUGAGAGAAGAACAUUUCUAUAAACCCAUGAUGUUCCUCGAUAGAAACCCCUGUCUUACAAUGGGAGUGAUUCCGGUUAACUCUCGCGUAACCCUAUAACAUUGUCUAACUGAUAGUGGUGUGUGUGUGUGU